UAAUUAUCUUCCAUAAAGCGAUUGUUGGUGCAAAAUAGGAUGGGAUGCUCUGCAAAAUCCCAAAUGAGAGAAGAAUGCUCUUUGAGGAGGACAUAUCAUAAAGGGAAGUGGGCAGGCAUCACUCCUCCUCCUCCUUUUGGGGACGAGCUAUAUACAGCUUUGGUUUCUUGAUCUGAGGUCUGAAGAGGAAGCGGCUGCAAAAUGGGGCCUUUCCUGCUUGCCCUGGUGGCUCUGCUUGCAGGAUCUUUUGGAGAAGAAGAUGAAAAUGUAGAAAACGUGACCGGGAUUGUUGGGGCGUCGGUCGCUUUCCAGCUGAAGUUUUCCUCACCAUUUGAAAUAAUUACUUGGCUGAGAACGAAGGGAAAGGAUGUUGAUACCGUUGGCGUCUUGAAGCCAGGAGAGAAAUGCUUAUCCAUCAUAAGCCUCAUAAGCUUGCAAGGGCGACUGAAUGUCUCUGAGGACUGCAAGACGAUUGAAAUCCUCCGCCUGCAAGAAGAGGACUCGGCCACUUUCAGGGCUCGGGUCCAAAUCCCUGAAAAGAAAGAGUUAUUAAUUUUUCUCUUCCGCCUCCAAGUCUUCAGGCAUUUGCUAGAUUCAGAUGUGCAAAUCCAUUGCAAAGCGAUCGAGAAUGAGACUUGGCGGCUGAACUGCUCAGCGGGAGAGUCGGAGGAAGGCGUCACGUUUAAGAUGGCUGCCAGCGGGAGAGAGGAACAUUCUGGAAGGCUCCUGGAUGUCCAAGAUGGCAGAGGGAAGGAAGAGAACCUGAAUGUCUCUUGCACAGCCAGGAAUCCCAUCAGCACCGCCUCCAGCACACGGCCCUUGCGGGAUCUCUGUGAGGAAGAACCCAGUUGCGGGGCCCCUUCGUGGAUGAUGGUCGCCCGCUUUGUGGCCGGGGCCGUGGUCGCACUCCUCUGUGCAGCCCUUUUGGUUUGGCACAACACGGGCACAGGAUGAAGAUGAGGAAGGAGCAGGGCGAAGCCAUUCAUGGAGACUCAGAAUGCAUUUGGACUCCAUCUCCCAGAAUUCUCUUCUUUUGGCUCAGGUUCCUGGGAGUGAGAGUCCAGAACUGGUUUUAUUCUGCUAUCAUGUCCCUUCCCUCAAAGUCGAGGUUUGCUUUUUUUGGAAAAUAUAUAUCACUGUAUAUAUUUCAAGGCA